ACUUGUCUUCUCUGCUUUUCAAACAACACACAAAAACAAGCCUUCUUUUUCUUCUUUGUGAUCUCACAAAAUGUCUUCUUUCAAGAGCAAGUAUCAAGAUGAGCUCAUUGCCAAUGCUGCUUACAUUGGCUCCCCUGGAAAGGGUAUCCUUGCUGCUGAUGAGUCAACUGGUACAAUUGGCAAGCGUCUGGCCAGCAUCAAUGUUGAGAAUGUUGAAACAAACAGGCGUGUUCUUCGUGAGCUUCUAUUCACUGCCCCUGGUUGUCUAGAAUGUCUCAGUGGUGUGAUCUUGUUUGAGGAAACACUAUACCAAAAGACUGCUGCAGGAAAACCCUUUGUGGAGGUGUUGAAGGCAGGUGGAGUUCUUGCUGGUAUUAAGGUUGACAAGGGAACUGUUGAACUUGCUGGAACAAAUGGGGAAACCACCACACAGGGUUUGGAUGACCUUGCUGGGCGCUGCCAGAAGUACUAUGAAGCUGGUGCAAGGUUUGCUAAAUGGCGUGCUGUGCUGAAGAUUGGUCCAAACGAACCAUCUCCAUUGGCUAUCCAUGAAAAUGCAUAUGGUUUGGCUCGUUAUGCUGCCAUAUGCCAGGAGAAUGGUUUGGUUCCAAUUGUGGAGCCUGAGAUUCUAGUGGAUGGACCUCAUGACAUUAACAAAUGUGCUGAUGUUACUGAGCGUGUUCUUGCUGCAUGCUACAAGGCCUUAAAUGACCAUCAUGUUCUUCUUGAGGGUACCCUUUUGAAGCCUAACAUGGUGACCCCUGGAUCAGAUUCUCCAAAGGUUGCUCCAGAGGUGAUAGCAGAGCACACAGUUAGAGCUUUGUUGCGAACCGUUCCUCCUGCGGUUCCUGCUAUAGUUUUCUUGUCUGGGGGGCAAAGUGAGGAGGAGGCAACCAUAAACCUCAAUGCAAUGAACAAGCUCAAGGGAAAGAAGCCUUGGUCUCUUACAUUCUCUUUUGGAAGGGCACUUCAGCAGAGCACUCUUAAGGCAUGGGCUGGGAAGGAUGAAAACAUUCCCAAGGCACAGGCUGCAUUGCUCACUAGGUGCAAGGCAAACUCAAAUGCAACUCUUGGAACUUACAAAGGUGAUUCUAACCUUGGUGAGGGUGCUUCGGAGUCUCUCCAUGUCAAGGACUACAAAUACUAAAAAUACUAAGAGGAGUGAGCUUCUGAUUGUACUUUGUUUUUAUUUGGAGUUAUUUGCAGUAUUGGCACCUCAAGGUGAUGGUGUUCUUUUGUAGGUUUUGUAGUCACUUUUUUUGCUUCCCAUUCUCGGUCAUAGGAGGGUCCUUGGUAUAUUAUGAAUAAUGGCUUCAGCUUUUGGGUUGGUCGGCUUUUAUUUUUCAACAAUGUUAUUUGUACAUUGUUUUUGUUGCACAUCUUUCUUUUCGAAUAAUAA